UACCAAGCCAAGCCUCACAAUGCUGCAUUUACUAAAACAAGUGGCUUGGAAAUGUGCAGUGAUGUCGCUGUUCCCAGACCUCCCUCUCUGUGGUGGACUCACUCUGUGAGGCAGUGCAGCACUCAGACAGCUCUGAUGGCAGAGCAGGGCAGGUGGACAGAGCCAGAGGAGAAACCAGCAUCACCUGUUUGGGAAAUCUAGAUCAACUGAGGGGACGAAGAAAGGAAGAGGAGGAGCAGAGUCUCUUGGAGAGCAGAGGUCUCGCUGUGUACCCACCCAGCCACCCCACCCAUACUCUCUCUCAUAUGCACACACACAGACACACUCUUCCCUCGCCUCUCCCUUCUUCCCUCCCUGUUUGUCUCCUCCACUCUCCGAUGCUGGUGUGGUGAACAGCAGGACACUCUCGGCUCAGCUGCAUGGAGGCACAGGGAGGGGCAGGGAGCCCAGAGCCCAAUAAAGACAUCCAGAAGCUGCUGAAGCCCUCAAGCUCAGGUGACCUAUCUAAGGAGUUGUUGUUCCACCACCCAGCAGGGGAAGAGGAGGAGGGCGGCCUGUUGGGGCACACCGCUAGCCUGCUGCACAUCACCGAGAAGAGACAACCACUGAGUAGUGUGUCUUCUUUGGAGGUGCACUUUGACCUCCUGGAUCUGACUGAGCUGACUGAUAUGUCCGACCAAGAACUGGCUGAAGUCUUCGCUGACUCUGAUGAGGAGAACCACAACGAGUCCCCAGCAGGUUCCCACCAGCCUAUGCUGCCCAGAGGAGGGUACAUGCGCUCCCCGUCGUGGACACGCUGCAGCAAAGUUGAGCCCCCGCGAGAGAGAAAGCACCACAGCGACUCGGACACUGCAGAGCCCUUAAUGAAGCUGGAGAGGCCCAAGCAGCAGUGAUGUCUGAUGUGAAACAGCCAGACCGCAGAGAGAGAGAGAAAACCCAGAGCCAGACAGACACAGCCAGCGCAGGAGCACAAAGUGGACCAAGAGGCCCCCAUCUGCCACUGUGCACUCACAUAACCAUGGUGCUGACGAUUUCAGGCUGAACUCUGGACAACUAGCUCUGCACUCUAACUAAAGAUGUUGAGAUGUGCAAUACACACUCUCUCUCCUCCUCUCUCUCCCUCUCCUCCUCCUCCCCUCUCUCUCUCUCUCUCUCUCUCUCUCAAUCUCUCUCACAAUCAUUGUGUUUUUCAUGUAAGGGGUUCUUAAUGCACUCUGGGCUGCCAGACGAUUUUAAGCUUUGUUUUUGAAUGACAGACAGGGUAUGAGGUCAGCAGAAUAACAGCACCUCCAUCCUUACAGCCUCUCAGGGUGGGAAAUAGCCUGGACGGUCAGAUUGGUUCCUAAAUUGUGUCCACAGCAUGUGGCCAGACCUUCCAUGUGACAUUCAGAUACUGGGAUUCACAUUGAAUCACCAGGACAUGAUUUGAAACAUAAAUCCAAAUAUCACGCUGAGGCUAUUACUUAAUGUGUUGGUUUAAACAUGUGACAGGGUGUUUUUUUGUUGCCUGCAAUACAGGUAACUUGAUCAGUAGAAGUGGAUGAUGCCACGCUCUUUAUAUCCAUCACGUUUUCUCCAUCUUAAUGAAGAAUGUGUGUUGUUAUUAUAAUUGCCUAUAUAAAAAUGUUUGCACUUCUCUCAAUGAAUUGUAUUUACAGUUCCCCCCAGAAUUAUUGGCAUUUGGUACAGAUGACCAAGUAGCAAGCUAUAUGCAAUACACUUUUCCAUACUCAAAUACUUAGUUUAGUUGUUUUUUUUCUGAUUUCUUUAUAAUUUUUUAAAAAUGAUGGUUGCCAGAGUUGCUGCUGCUAAACUAAUUAGAGUUGGUGGAUGCAUUAACUUGAUGGGUGAUAGUUGAAGCAGUUAUUGCAUCAAAGUCAGGUGGACUUCAGUGAGCUUUGCAUGAAUGCCAAAAACACAACAAAGUGCCAACAAUUUUGUAAUCAUCUCUUAAAAGAUUAAUUCAACUCAUAAUGCAAUAUUUCACAUCUUUCUAAGAAAAGGCUAUAGCUGAUUACUUGAUUUAUUUAUCUCACGUUUAGCUUGUCUAUACCAGGAGUGCCAAUAAUUCUGAAUGCUGAUGGAUCAAAAGUGACACUGGGAUGAUGGAGGAACAAAUAAAAGUCUUGAAAAAGCA